AUGUCUGCUGGAACAUUUACAACUCCAAUUGCUGGGCCUACCUUAGUGGGCUUCAAAUCCAACUCAUCAAAUCUUUGGCCCAACACUCAUCCCAUUGAUUGGAAAAAGAAGACCGUUUCCAAUGGUUCUAGAAUCCACUGCAUGAAGACAUGGAAUCCCAUCAAUAAUAGGAAAUUUGAAACACUUUCCUACCUACCACCACUUUCUGAUGAAUCCAUUGCAAAAGAGAUUGACUACAUGCUCAAGAAAGGAUGGACCCCUUGCCUUGAAUUUGAUGAGGUUGGGAGUAUUCAUAGAGCAAAUAGCCAGAUGCCAGGAUACUAUGAUGGAAGAUAUUGGACAUUAUGGAAGCUACCAAUGUUUGGUUGUGUGGAUUCUUCACAAGUGAUUAAUGAGAUUCAUGAAUGCAAAAAGACAUUUCCAAAUGCAUAUAUAAGAUGCAUAGCAUUUGACAACAAACGUCACAUGCAAUCCAUGGCUUUUCUUGUUCACAAACCUACUACUACUACUACUUAA